CUUCUCUCCGUCCAAAACCCUAAUAAUCUCUCUCUCAAUUGGCCAUCAAAAAAUGGCCACCCACUCCCACCCACUUCACUCUAUCUCUCUCACCCUCAGAACCCCAAGACUCCUCCGAUCAAAACCCACCACGCUCCUCACUAUCACCUGCAAAUCCAACCAACCCCUCAACCGUAAGCUCCGAGCUGCCGUGAUCGGUGGCGGCCCCGCCGGCUCCUCUGCCGCGGAAGCGCUCGCCUCCGGCGGCGUCGAAACGUUCCUCUUUGAACGCUGCCCGGAAGCCGCCAAGCCAUGCGGUGGGGCCAUCCCCCUCUGCAUGAUCGACGAGUUCUCGAUCCCAGUCGGCCUCAUAGAUCGCAAAGUGACUCAAAUGAAAAUCAUCUCACCCUCCAAUCUCACUGUAGAUUUCGGCAAAACCCUUAAACCCCAUGAGUUCAUCUCCAUGCUUCGCCGCGAAGUUCUCGACUCCUUCCUCCGCCGCCGUGCCGAGUCCAGUGGCGCCACCCUCCUCAAAGCUCUCGUCACCAACCUCGAGGUACCCACUUCGUCAAACGCACCAUACACCAUUCACUAUACGAUGAACAACUCUAAACAAACCCUAGCUGUCGAUAUUAUCGUCGGUGCCGACGGAGCUAACAGCCGAGUCGCCAAGUCCAUUAACGCCGGCGACUAUGCUUGUGCCAUUGCCUUCCAAGAAAGAAUCCAGUUGCCGGAUGAAAAAAUGGAGUAUUAUCAAAACCUCGCCGAGAUGUACGUCGGAAAUGACGUUUCACCGGACUUUUAUGCAUGGGUUUUCCCAAAAUGUGACCACGUGGCUGUGGGGACUGGGACAGUAUGCUCGAAACAAAAUAUUAAAAUGUUUCAACGUGGUAUCCGAGCUCGAGUUAAACCAAAGAUCGAGGGUGGGAGAGUAAUUAAAGUGGAGGCCCACCCGAUCCCUGAGCACCCGCGUCCAAUUAGGGUGAGGGAUCGGGUGGCCCUAGUGGGGGAUGCAGCGGGGUAUGUGACCAAAUGUUCCGGGGAGGGGAUAUAUUUUGCAGCGAAGAGUGGUCGAAUGUGUGGUGAGGCGAUAGUGAGGGCGUCGGAGGGAGGGGAGAGAAUGAUCGGCGAGGAUGAUUUGAAGAGAGAGUAUUUGAGGGAGUGGGAUAAGAAGUAUAUUACAACAUUUAGGUUUUUGGACUUGUUGCAAAGGGUGUUUUAUGGUAGUAAUGCUGGUAGGGAGGCAUUGGUUGAGUUGUGUGGGGAUGAGUAUGUGCAAAGAAUGACAUUUGAGAGCUAUUUGUAUAAGAAAUUGGCUGAUGGGAAUAGGUGGGAGGAUGCUAAAAUGUUGGUGAAUACAAUUGGGAGUUUGAUUAGGUGUAAGCUAGUGGGGAGAGAGAUGGAAGUCUUUGAUCAAAGAGUUCUCGCACAAUUAUUCGGUCCAUUCCUUGCUCUGGCAUAUGCCCAAUUGAAUCUUGCCUUCAUAAUCAUCCUUUUGACCGAUGCCAUGGCUCAAGUUGCCUUCAUAAUCUGGUAUGAUUGUUCACAUUCAUGA